AUGGCGACGCCGACGACGGCGCGCGACGGGCGAUUGGCGCGAUGGAUGAUCGCGAGGACGACGACGACCGUGCGCGCGGCCGCGGGACGGGUGGCGUACGGCGCGCGAGGCGAGGACCGGAGGCGCGCGGCGACGCGCGGGACGACGCCGCGACGCGCGGCGGCGGCGGCGGCGCCGACGACGGGCGCGUCGCUCGGCGCGUGCGCGCACGGGUAUCGAUCUGCGUCCGAUCCCGAACUCGGGUGCGUGUGCGGUCACGGGUACACCGGCGAACGUUGCGAAAUCGACUCCAUACCUUCGUGCGAUAGGAGUGAGACGUUGACGUGUGCGUAUGUGUUUAGUAACUGGGGCGACGUGUUCAAUUACCAGAGUUGCGCUUGCGUGAGCGAAUGCGAAAAAGUUUUGAAGCGAGAACACAAUCUUACGGACGAUGAAUGGUGGAGAGUUUCGCGAGAAAGGCCAGAAAAUGCGCGAGUUUGCGUCGACAGUAGAGGGAGGAAAGUGGAUAUGUUCACGCGCGAGGUCGUCGCGGAUCCAAGAGAGAUUAAAGACAAGGAUAUGGGCAUGCACCAUCACAACGUGUGCACGCACAACUGUUUCGGGCGGGGCGCGUGCAAGGAUCGCGUUUGCUAUUGUGAACCCGGACGGUUCGGCUUAUUGUGCCAGUUCGACGCAGAAGAUGUUUUGCCCGACACAAUUCAGGCGUCCGUGGGUACGAAACUUGAUGGAAAACGCGAAAUGCGAAUAGAGUAUUACGACGGGUUGUCGUCUCACGCACGCAUUCCGCUCUUCACCAAGGCGUUUUACUUAGACAUUAAGAAGGAACAUCUCGGCGAAGACGACCUACACGAGCAGUCACACAUUGAGGCUUCAAUGUACGCCACAGCAGUGCAUUUAGCAGAGACAAUCGUCGAGGAUCGCUGGAAACGAACUUUGCUGACGCCUCGGUCAGGGACGCACAGGUUCAUUCCAUUCUUUCCCACAAACAUAGGGGCUAACGUGGGCAGUGUGGAACUCUAUCUCCCGAAUGUCGUCAGACAGUUACCUAACAACGACGGCGACGACGAUCCUUGGUACAUUUUCGUGAGCAUGCAAGAUCGAGGCUUCUGUUCGAUCGACCGCUUGCGUGGGAUGCUUCCGCCGCGCUCGAUCGUGGUGCAUAGUUUCGGUUGGCAGAGGUUUCCGGGUGCUCAAGACACGAAAGCAACGGCGAGAUGUCACCAACCAGACUUUGACGUCGUUAUUCCAGCGCGUCGACACCCAAACCAAGCCCCGUUUGACGAGAAAGAUUUUGAUCCUUCCUCGAAAAAUGGGCCUAUGCUCUUCUUCAACGGUGGCGUCAGAAAGAAGGCCGACCAAUGCUCGGGUGAAAGGCUAUUGCAGAACAGAUUAAGUUGCAUGGAUGAGUACAGCCAAGGCGUUCGGAUGUACGUCGUCGACACGUUCCAAAACGUGAGUGGUUUCAGCAUAAACGAACCGCACGGUGGCGACUCGUGGUCCCGAGAGACCAUGAAGACGGCGAAAUACUGCCUUGUCGCAGGCGGCCAUGGGUUCGACAUGCGUUUGGUGGAUGGCAUCGCUCGAGGUUGUGUGCCGCUACUCACGGCGAUUCAGAUGAGUUAUCCGUACGAUAACGUCUUGGACUAUUCGAAAUUCGCCCUGAACAUUGGUGACAGAUGGGGUGAAACUAGUGAUAAACUCCAGGAUUUGCCCAACACGCUGGAAAAAGCUUACGCAAAGGGCGAUCACGGCGACAUGGUUCGACGUCUGCGGUAUGUUCACGAAGUAUACAUCAUGGAGGAUGAACUGACCGAUGAAGAGUACCGAGAAGCGCACCCGAACAACGUCACCGAUGCUGGUCUUGCGACUGCCUUAGCUUCUAUCGCGAUGGUCACAAACGUCGUCUUACCGCCGUAUUUCCGAACGACGCUGUGUCAUGUGGCGUACGACUUUCUGGACGGGCGAGGACACGAGAUAUUUAAGAAGGAUGCGCUCGAUUCGUUUCACUGUUCACAAGCGGAGCGACGAGCGGUGUAA